AUGAGCGCACUCGCCGGAAGGACGACCAGACUGGCCGGGCAUGCCCGGGCACCACUCGGCAGCCUCAGAACACCAGCAAGCACCAGCAAGAGAUUCAUCGCCACCGCCAACAAGCCGCCCCAUCUGCUCACCUUGGCAGACCUCUCGAUCUUCCAGAUCCAGUCACUCGUCUCGACAGCAAUCAACCUCAAGAAACAGGUCAAGGAGGCCCACUUCAAUGGCGCGCACGAAGCCACGAAGAUCGAGCAGACCUUACAGGGAAAAUCCAUCGCGUUGAUCUUCGGCAAACGGAGCACCCGGACCAGGGUGGCCAGCGAGAGCGCAACCGCCCUCCUCGGCGGCCAUCCCAUGUUCCUCAGCCCCCAAGAUAUCCAACUCGGCGUCAACGAGAGCCUCUACGAUACCGCCAAAGUCGUCAGCAGCAUGGUCGACGGAAUCAUGGCCAGGGUAGGCGACCAUUCCGACGUCGAAUUAUUGGCCCAAAACUCUGCCGUCCCCGUCAUCAACGCGCUCUCCUCACUCUACCAUCCCACUCAAAUCCUAGCCGACCUCGUCACGCUGCUCGAGGCCCUCUUCCCACAUUCACGUCAUCUGAGCUCGCUCAGCGGAGUCAACGUCACCUGGAUCGGUGAUGCCAAUAACAUCCUUAAUGACAUGAUCGUCACCUAUCCCCGGCUGGGCAUCAACCUCAAGAUCGCCACUCCGCAGGGCUAUCCCAUCGACCAAGUCGUUCUCGAUCGCAUGGAACUCGGCCUGAAGGCCGAGAAAGAUUCUCAUCGGGGUGGUAAACUCGUCCACGUCCACGACCCCCUCGUGGCCGUACAGGAUGCCGACGUCGUGGUCACCGAUACCUGGAUCUCAAUGGGCCAAGAAUCGGAGGUGGCCAAACGAUUGAAAGACUUUCAAGGCUUUCAGAUCACCGAAGAGAUGUGCAAGAAUGGGAAAGCAAAGGCGGAUUGGAAAUUCAUGCAUUGUCUACCACGUCAUCCCGAGGAAGUCGACGAUGAGGUCUUCUACGGCCCUAGGUCGCUCGUCUUCUCUGAAGCUGAGAACAGGAAAUGGACCAUCUUGAGUGUUUUUCAAUCUUAUUUCGGAAAUUGGAAAGUCCAAGGAUGA